AACUAUUUUACUUUUCUCUACGAUUUUAAGUUAUUGUUAGAAACUAAAGUACAAUGUCCAUUGAUAAAGCCUGUUGCUGCUUAUGCUAUACUCCAAGCUAUGAUUUCAAGUUGAUACAAAAUGAAACAGGAGAGUGUAACGAAGUAUACGACGUUACCGUUAAGUACUUCGAUCCUAUGCUUCUGUCUGAGGAUCAAACAGGAGCUCUCACUACGCAGUCGUUGGCCAAAGUUUUAUGCUCAGAAUGUUGGAGACAUAUCGCCGAGUUUCAUGAAUUUCAGUUAAAUGUUAUUAAGACUCGAGAUCUUAUGUGUGGCACCAUUAAUAAGGUGGUCCCGGAAAUGGUUGUGCUGCCUGCAGAAAAUAAAAACUUCUAUAGUGAAGACGAAUUUUCUGACAAGGAGCCUAUUGGAUACGAUUCAGACAAUGAUGAUGAUGAUGUUCCUUUAACAGAGCUAUUUAAAUCUAAAAAGUUGCAAAGGAGUAUGACCAUCGAAUCAAAAAAUAAGAGAAUAAGGGGUGCAGGAGUGUCUACAUCUAAAAAUAAAAACCCAGAAGACGACUUCGACAUUGCAAAAAAUGCAUCGAUUGCGGAAAACAAUGAAUUAGAUUGGGAAAAGGUAAAAACGCCGUCCGAAACGGAAUGUGAAACAAGAGUAAAUAUCAAAGAAGAAACUUCAAAGGAGGUUGAAGGUGAUUGCACCGGCACAAUGGGAUUCGAAGCAGAUUCAUCUACACAAAAUAACGCCAACCAAGAUAGUAUUAACGUAUCUAAUGUAGCCGAUGAAGGUAACAAAGGAAGCAUAAAAUUGUCCCGCAGAGGAAGGAAGCCUAAAUCUAAAAUUAUGCCGGUGACUAAAACAACAUCAGAUGCUAAGCCCAAAAAAGCUACCAAACCCAAGGUUGGUAAAAUUCGCAAACAAGUAAAAGAUCCAAACAAGAAAUCAUACAUGGACAAAUGCAGGGAGAAUGAUUUAUUUAUUGCCCAAUGGAAACCAAAUUUAGACUGCGAUUUAUGUCCCGACACAGCAACCAAUUUCAAUGCAUUACGCGAGCAUUUCCGAGCUGUCCACAAAACCCGAUGUUACAUUAAAUGUUGUGACCGUAAAUUCUAUCGACGUUGUGUAUUAAUGGAUCACAUAAGUCUUCACAUAAAUCCUGAAAUUCACAAGUGUGACAUAUGCGGAAAAUCUAGCACUACAAAGCAUAAUUUGAAAUUGCACAAACAAGUUAUGCACGGGACAUUGAAUCAGUUUGAAUGUGAUGUAUGUCACAGACUAUUCAAUCAAAAACCAACACUAGAUCGCCAUCUUUUAACACAUGUAAAAGGCGAGAACCAAUUCUUUUGCAAGGAGUGCGGCAAGGGUUACGUUUUGGAAGUUCAGUUAAAUUCCCACAUCAAAACAGUACAUGGGGUCGAUUGUGUGUGCGAUCAAUGUGGUAGAACGUUUCAUGGAGCGAAUGCUCUCAAAAAGCAUUUGAUGGACCAUGCUGGUAUUCCUAAGCGAAAAUAUCCCUGUGAUAUAUGUGGGGCUCAACUAAAUACGAACAAUAAUCUUCGGCGACAUAAGGCUGCCUAUCAUCAUGACGGAUCUACAGCAUAUAUUUGCAGUGUAUGUGGUAAAGUGUCGUCAAGUGAAAAUGCUCUUAAAGCACACAAAAAGCGAGUUCAUGAAGAAAAUAAGAAACAUAAAUGCACUUACUGCGAUAAAGCUUUUAAAAGACCAAAAGAUUUGAGAGAACACAUUGCCACACACACAGGUAUUGAUUUAUACCAAUGUCCUCAUUGUCCCCAAACUUUCAAAGUUAGCGCAAACAUGCAUCAUCAUCGAAAAAGGGUACACCCCAUCGAAUGGGAAGAAGCAAGAAAACAUCGCCUUGAAUUGCCUAAGGUUAACAUAAUGGAAGUUACCAAUCAAAUUGUCCUGUAGAUUCGAAUGCCUAAUUGGCGUAAUUGUAUAUGUCUAUAAUUAAGUAUAUUUUAAUUAGUAACUAGAUUGAUUUUCCAUUAAGUACUUUUUCGAGAAUAAUUUCGUAUUCAGUAAUGUACCUGUAAUACGAUUUAAAUUUUA